AUGGCGGCGGCCUGGCCGGAGCUGGAGGCGGCGGCGCGGGAGCGGCGGCGGGAGCUGGCGUUGGGCGGCGCGGCGGUGGCGGAGCGGGUGGCGGCGGGCGGCGGGCGGUUGCCGGCGGCGCUGCUGGCCCUGCCGCUGCUGCAGUCGCUGGAGCUGAGCGGGUGCGCGGCGCUACGGGAGCUGGGCCCGGGGCUGGCCGCCGCCCUGCCCGCUCUCCACACGCUGGUGCUGAGCGGCAACGCGCUGGGCCCCGCCGGGCUGGGCGCGGGGCUGGACGGGCCGCUGCCGGCCCUCCGCCUCCUCGACCUCUCCGGUAACGGCCUGGAGGCGCUGCCCGCCGCGCUGGGCGGGACGGCGGGCGCGGAGCCGGCGGGAGCCCCGGCCUUCCCGCAGCUGCGUAGCCUCAACCUGAGCGGGAACCGGCUGAGGGAGCUGGGCCCGGGGCUGGCCCGCGCCGCGCCGCAGCUCCAGGCGCUGCUGCUCUCCGGCAACCGCCUGCGGGCGCUGCCCGGCGGGCUGCUGCCCCCCGCCGCCGUCCCCGGCGGGCCCUUCCCGCUCCUCAGCCGCCUGGAGGCGGCCGACAACGAGGUGGAGGAGCUGGGCGCCGACAUCGCCGCCCUGCCGGCCCUCAAGAGCCUGGACGUGGCCAACAACCGGCUGAGGGAGCUGCCCGCCGCGCUGGCCGACUGCCCCCGGCUGAAGGAGGCCAACUUCAGGGGCAACCAGCUGAAGGACAAGCGGCUGGAGAAGAUGGUCAACGGCUGCCAGACGAAGGCCAUCCUGGAGUACCUGCGGGCCGGGGGCCGCGGGAAGGGGAAGGCCGAGAGCGCCAGAGAGGAGGCCAGGAAGAAGAAGAGGGAGAAGCAGCAGAAGAAGGAUGGCGGGGACGGGGAGCAGGACGAGCUGGAGGAGGCGAGCAAGCUGCUGGUGAAGGUUCUGCACGUCUCCGAAAACCCGGCGCCCUUGGUGGUCAAAGCGAGCCCGGGCGUCAAAGAUGUUCGACCCUUCAUUGUGUGCUGCGUGCUGAAGGGAGUGAACUUAAAGCCGGGAAAUGCUCUGAAGAGGUUCCUGUCCGCACAGACUAAACUGCACGAAGACAUCUGUGAAAAGCGGACAGCAGCGACAAUUGCCACCCACGACUUGCAGUUGAUCAAAGGUCCCCUGAUAUAUGACGUUCAGCCUCCUGAUGAACUGAAGAUAAUGCCCCUGGGUCGAAAGGAGAUCAAGGCGAAGGAUCUUCUCCGUCAGCUGAAGUUAGAAGCUGAGGAGCAGAGGAAACAGAAGAAGCGUCAGAAUGUUUCUGGAUUGCACAAGUAUCUCCAGUUACUGGAUGGCAAAGAUAACUACCCAUGUCUUGUGGAUGCCGAAGGCAGCGUGAUUUCUUUCCCACCAAUAACCAAUAGUGAGAAAACAAAGAUUAGAAAAGACACCCGUGAUCUAUUUCUGGAAGUGACAAGCGAUACCAGUUUACAGAUAUGCAAAGAUGUCAUGGACACACUAAUUCUGAAAAUUGCAGAACUGAACAGAUUUACCUUGGAAAAUAAGGAAGACUCGGGCUCGGAUAACGAAUCUGAUGCUCUUUGUGGACCAGUGAAUUUGAACCCCAGCCAAAACGUACAGCCGAUGAAUUUUCUGUUGGUGGUGGAGCAGGUUCGAGUGGUGGACACAGAUGGAAACUUGAAAGUACUUUAUCCUUCAAAAACUGACCUAACCACAGUUUCCUCUCUUCUGACUGUAAUACGUUAGCAGCUAUCAAAGCUAAGAAAAUGAUUCCGUUUUCUC